CCAAGACGUUCCACGUGAUGCCAGGCUGGCGGCGGCGGUUGCCCGGGUGACGGAUUUCGGACAGGGUGAGUGCUGGGUUGGCGGCGGAGCAGCAGAUGAAACAGCCUCCCCGUUGGGGCACCCGCCGGCGGUGGCACAGUUAGUUGAGAGCCCAGAGCCAUCCUGUCUUCAGGUCAGACCCAGAGGUGGCCACAGGCACGGGCGGCAGGGAGGGGACAGGCGCCUUGUGUCUCAGGCCUCCAAGCCGGGAGUCGCAGGAGGCCCCCACCCCGACCCACCUCUCUGGGGAGCCUCCUCCCUCCACCCAAAGCCACCUGCUCAGGGUGGCCUGAGAGCCCGGUCCUCUCUGUUCGCCUUGCACAUUCGCUGAGGGACUCCUGGCAGCUUCAGCAUGGGCGACGUCCUGGCUCACAAGUCGGAGUUGCUGGGACUGGUGAGAGAGUAUUUAGAUUUUGCCGAAUUUGAGGAUACCUUGAAAACAUUUUCAAAAGAAUGCAAAAUAAAAGGAAAACCGUUCAGUAAGACAGUGGGUGGCUGCUUAAAGGACUCCAGGUCACCAGCUAUUCAGCAGGAGCUCCUGGCCGCCUUCAGUGGCGGGGACCAGAAGGCAUUCUUCCGCCUGUGGGAGGAGCACAUCCCCAUCACUGUGCGGGACGGGGACGCCCUGGCGCAGAAGCUGGAGUUCUACCUGCACAUCCACUUCGCCCUCCACCCGCUCAAGCGCGGCACCGGUCGACUGGAUAAGCGGGAGCUGGAAGAGAGGAUUUCCUACUUCAGAUCCUUCCUGGAGACCAGAGGGGCAGCGCUGAGCCAGACCACGGAGUUCCUGCCCUUCUACGCGCUCCCCUUUGUGCCCGACCCCCGGGUGCACCCCUCCUUCAAGGAGCUCUUCCAGGAUUCCUGGACUCCGGAGUUAAAGUCGAAGCUUGAGAAGUUUCUGGCCCUGAUUUUCAAAGUUAAUAACACACCCAAGCUUUUCACAAUCUAUAAGGAGAAUGGACGACACAACAAAGAAACGCUGCAGCGGCUGCAGCAGCAGCUGGUCGAUGCCGAGCGCCGGUCCAUGACGUACUUGAAGCGGUACAAUAAGAUCCAGGCCGACUACCACAACCUCAUCGGGGUCACGGCCGAGCUGGUGGAUUCUCUAGAGGCCACAGUCAGUGGCAAGAUGAUCACCCCCGAGUACCUGCAGAGCGUCUGUGUCCGCCUGUUCAGCAACCAGAUGCGGCAGAGCCUGGCACACAGCGUGGACUUCACCAGGCCCGGCACGGCUUCAACCAUGCUGCGGGCCUCCCUGGCUCCCGAGAAACUGCAGGACGUCCCCCUGCUGCCCUCACUGGACUACGAGAAGCUGAAGAAGGACUUGAUUUGGGGGAGUGACCGCCUGAAAGCCUUCUUGCUGCAAGCUCUGCGCUGGCGCCUCACCACGUCCCACCCCGGAGAGCAGCGCGAGACGGUGCUGCAGGCCUACGUGAGCAACGACCUCCUGGGCUGUCACGGCUGCCAGCAGAGGAGCGGGCUGCAGCUGCUGCAUUCCAAGAGCGAGGUGGUCCGGCAGUACGCGGCCAGGCUCAUCAACGCCGUGGCGUCGCUGGCCAAAGGUCGCCUCUACCUGGCCCAGAACAUGCAAGUGCUUCGGAUGCUGGAGGGCAGGCUGAAGGAGGAGGACAAGGACGUGGUCGCCCGUGAGAAUGUGCUCGGGGCCCUGCAGAAGCUCAGUCUCAGGCGCCCGCUGCAGACCGCGAUGAUCCGGGAUGGCCUCGUCCUCUGGCUGAUGGACGCGCUGCGGGAGCCCGACUGCCUGUCCGACUACACGCUGGAGUACGCGGUGGCCCUGCUCAUGAACCUGUGCCUGCGUAGUGCAGGGAAGAGCGUGUGUGCCAAGGUGGCAGGCCUGGUGCUGAAAGUCCUCUCGGAUCUCCUCGGGCACGAGAAUCAGGAGAUACAGCCGUAUGUGAAUGGAGCUCUCUACAGCAUCCUUUCCAUUCCGUCCAUUCGGGAGAAGGCCAGAGCGAUGGGCAUGGAAGACAUCCUGCGCUGCUUCCUCAAAGAAGGCAACGCGGAAAUGACCCGCCAGAUAGAAUUCAUCAUCAAGCAGCUCAAUUCCGAAGAGCUGCUGGACGGUGUUCUUGAGUCUGAUGACGAAGAGGACGAAGAUGAGGAGGGCCACGACACCAUGGAAGCCGACCUGGACAAGGACGAGCUGAUCCAGCCCCAGCUCGGGGAGCUCUCGGGCGAGAAGCUCCUGACCACGGAGUACUUGGGGAUCAUGACCAACACCGGGAAGGUGCAGCAGAGGGGACAGGCCAGCGUGCAGCGGAGUGGGGGCGAGCCCCUGCGCAGACCCGUCACCCCCGGCGGCCACAGGACCGGGUGCCCCGUGUAAGUCGGGCUCAGGAGGCUGCUCGCCUGGGAGCCACUUUGUAUCCCUGCUGCGCAAGAUGCAUGUGUUUAAAAUGCAAAAU